GCCCAUCUAGGGUCACGGCCCGAAGCCCGGGCCGGUCCACGGCCAUCUUUCAUAUUAUUUCCAUCCCUAAGGAGUAAGGAGUCCUUCCACGAAUAUUCAAUCUCCGUAUUCUCUUACUCCCUGCCGCAAUUCCAAUGGCGCCGGAGAAGAAGUUGUCGAACCCAAUGAGGGACAUCAAGGUCCAAAAGCUUGUGCUCAACAUCUCUGUUGGUGAGAGUGGUGAUCGUCUUACCAGAGCUGCUAAGGUGUUGGAGCAACUCAGUGGUCAAACCCCUGUUUACUCCAAAGCCAGGUACACUGUCCGAUCCUUUGGAAUCAGGCGUAAUGAAAAGAUUGCUUGUCACGUAACUGUUAGAGGUGAAAAGGCAAUGCAGCUACUUGAGAGUGGUUUGAAGGUCAAGGAAUACGAAUUGCUGAGGAGGAACUUCAGUGAGACUGGCUGCUUUGGGUUUGGUAUUCAAGAGCACAUCGAUCUAGGAAUCAAGUAUGAUCCUUCUACUGGUAUUUAUGGUAUGGACUUCUAUGUGGUGCUUGAGCGACCUGGUUACCGUGUUGCCCGUCGCAGAAGGUGCAAGGCCCGUGUUGGAAUUCAGCAUAGAGUGACCAAGGAGGAUUCCAUGAAGUGGUUCCAGGUCAAAUAUGAAGGAGUUAUCCUCAACAAGGCUCACAACACCGGUUCUUAAACUUGUCAUCUUAGGAGUAGGAGUAGUAAUCCAAGGUAUCCUUUACUUCAAUUGUUUCAGUAAAAUUUGACUCUAGGUGUUUUUAGCUUUAAUAUAUAGUGGUGUUUUUGGUGGUUAUUGCCCAAUAUUUGAUGUUUUUUAUAACAUAACAAUAACAAUUGCGGUUAUUUGGUACUCAAA